CAUGCCUAUAUAUGAUGGCCACCUUCCAGUAAGUUUGACUGGUACCUUGACAUCCCAACAAUGCUUUGAUGGCAGCCUGGUAAGAAUAGCUCACUGCGCAGAUCCUGGCCUCUGCUGCACACAAGAGUGAGAGGCAGCAGCACAGCAUUAGAGGUGACUGCAUUUAGUGGCAAGCUGUGAGGGUCGGCUCUUGGACCAGUGGUGAAGGGGACAGCAACCUAGGGACACCUCCUGGGUAGAAAAAUCAACACCAUUUGGAUUUGGAAGAGUUUGAAGUUGAACAAUGAGGAUCAUGGGUGCAAGAGACUUACUCUUCAUCACUAUCAGUCAUAAUGUGUCCUUUAUGGGCAAAACCUGGUGGAUGCUGAUGCUGGUUGUACGUUUGCUGGUAGUCCUGAUGGCCGGCUUCUCGCUCUUUAGUGACGAGCAGGAGAGAUUUAUCUGUAACACCAUCCAGCCUGGCUGCUCUAAUGUGUGCUUUGACGUAUUCGCUCCUGUAUCCGUCCUCCGUCUCUGGCUCUUCCACCUUAUUCUUCUCUGUCUUCCUCAUGUACUGUUUGCAACCUACGUCAUGCAUAAACUGUUGUCAUAUCCUUACUUUGGAGCUUUGCACUGGGACAGGAGUCGAGGAGGUUCACCUUUCACUCUUGAGAACUCGAGCUCCUCAAGAGAACUCUUCUUGCAUAAAGCUCCACUACAUGACCUCCCGCGUGAAUGGGGAACACCACGCUUCUACUGUGCUUACUUCCUUGCUCUAAUUUUACGGAUCCUUCUAGAAGUGGUUUUUGGUGCGGGCCAGUUUUAUCUCUUUGGUUUGUCCGUUCCGAAAAGCUUCCUCUGUUACGAGGCUCCGUGCACAUCUGGGGUUGAAUGCUACAUCUCCAGACCUACUGAGAAGACCUUAAUGCUCAACUUCAUGCUGGGUGUUGCCUCCCUGUCCGUCCUACUGAGUUUGGUUGACCUGCUGAGCUCCAUGAAGGCGAUGGUGAGGUGGAGGAGGAACAGGGAGAUGCUGAUAGAGGAGAUGAGUAAAGGAGAGCAAAGCAGUAUGCUCACAACGACAACUGUGAAUGAAGACAGUGACGUUCUUUCAACCAGAAGAAUCAGCCCAGGUGGAAGCUCAACGCAUCCUGACAGGGAUGAAAAACAUGCUGCUGGUGUUGUGCCGAAUAACGAUGAACUCCUUCAUACAAAACUGAAUGGUGGGUCCACCCUUAAGACUAGUGUAUCUACCAGUGAGAAGAGCCCAGAAAACAAAGACUCUAAGGCGGACAUGGCUCACUCACCUACUCCCAUGAGCACUCCAGUGCCAACUCACUUUGUCCUCCACAGCCAUCUAAGACCUCCAUUAUCCCCCCGUCCAGAUAGAGGACCACCACUGAACCCUAGGAUGCCAACACUCAUGAGUGUCAAAAAGCUGGGACAGUGCACCCCUGUGGGAACAAACUCAAGCCAACAGUCUGACAGCAGUGACUCUCAGGACAAGAGGGCAUGGGUGUGAUUGGCCACUAAAACUGCUCUACAAGCCAAAUGACUUCAUUUAAACAUUAUUCUAAAAGCAUGAAUUCAUAGAGUUAUACUGUAAAGGAAGAUUUGUUAGAAAUUGUAAAGUUGAACUAUUGAACAUUAUUAUUAACAAUGAGUCAAAUGACUAUGUGAUGUGAAAGGUGUUACUAAUAGUAAUAUACCCACAAAGAAAUAGGUUUUUUGACUCUUUUAGCUUCUUUUUUUUUUUAAAUUCUGCUUUUGAAUGGAAGUCAGAUACUGUGUCUUCAGCUUGUUCCACUGCCCCCAAGUGGCCAAAGUCAGUCAUUACAGAAUUAGAAUAAAACGUAAUUUUGCAAUGAUGAAAACAGCUCAAGGGCUCACAGGAUAUAAAGCUAAUUGAUAUGCAAGUGACAAUGUACAUUUUUU